CUGACCCUGUCGUGUCUGAUACCAUCUGCUACUUCUGCGUUUCCGUACCGCACCAACCCUCUCUGUCUGUCAAAGGAACGCUACCCACCUACCUACCUGCACCGAUGUCGUGGGUGGAUGGAGCAUUGCGCAGGAGUGAGGGUUCUAUAAAGCAGUGGCACCAUCAGUGUACACAGAGCAGUAAAACUGCAUGGUGAGAGAGUGAUCAGAGAGGUGCAAGAGAGAGACAGAGAGAGAGAGAGAGAGAGAAACACAGAGAGAGAAACAGAGAGAAGUACUAGAGAGAGAGAGAAAGAAACAGAGAGAAACAAAGAGAGAGAGGUGUGAGUGCGAGAGAGAGAGAAAGAAACAGAGAGAAACAAAGAGAGAGAGGUACUCUAGAGAGAGAUUAAAUCAUCUGACAGUCAGACAGUGAGUGACAGUGUGUAGUGGAGAGUGGUUCCUCCUGCCUGCCUGACAGAGCUGCAGUGUGUGAAGCUGCUGCCUCUCUGUCUGCUCUGAUAAACUAAUAGGUUAAUGAGACAAAUAAUGCAGGUGCUGUAGAGAGGAGAGAAGAGACAAGACUUCCGUGACUACAGCACAGGGAGGAUGCUCUGAGGACCAGACUGAGGAGUGCUCUUAGGAUUCAGGGAUUCACACUGCAGAGUGCAGACAGAGGUCUGCUGUACGUACCUGAGAUACCGCAGUUAACCGCUGCACCUUAUAACACAUUCAGCAUGGAUGAACUGUGUACAUACACAGAUAGCAUGGACAAAAACUCUCUAAAGUACCCAAAGACUGAGCAGACAGAGAAAAUGUGGAUGCGACUCAAGGGAAUGCAGAAGUACAAAAACACAUCUCAAAGAUUGAGAUGCCUGGUGAAGCAGCUGGACAAGGGAGAAGUGAACGUGGUGGACCUGAGGAAGAAUAUAGAGUAUGCAGCCUCUGUUCUAGAGGCAGUCUAUAUCGAUGAAACCAGGCGUCUUCUGGACACUGAGGAUGAGCUCAGUGACAUCCAGGCGGACUCUGUGCCCAUGGAGGUGCGUGAUUGGCUGGCCUCAACCUUCACAAGGAAGAUGGGCGUGGUCAGGAGACGACCCGAGGAGAAACCACGGUUCAGGAGCAUCGUCCAUGCCGUGCAGGCUGGCAUCUUCGUUGAGAGGAUGUACAGACGGACGUCUAACAUGGCUGGGCUGACGUUCCCUCCAGCUGCCAUCGCUGCUUUGAAGGAUGUAGAUAAAUGGUCCUUUGAUGUGUUUGCUCUCCACGAGGCCAGCAGUGAACACGCAUUGAAGUUCCUGGUGUACGAACUGCUCACCCGCUAUGAUCUGAUCAACCGCUUCAGGAUUCCAGUUUCAUCUCUGGUGACCUUCGUAGAGGCUCUAGAGGUGGGCUACAGCAAACACAGAAACCCCUACCACAACCUCAUCCACGCUGCUGACGUCACACAGACAGCACACUAUCUGAUGCUCCACACUGGCAUUAUGCACUGGCUCACUGAACUGGACAUUCUAGCCAUGGUGUUUGCUGCAGCUAUCCAUGACUUUGAACACACUGGGACAACCAACAACUUUCACAUUCAGACCAGGUCAGAGGUGGCCAUCCUGUACAAUGACCGGUCAGUCCUGGAGAACCACCAUGUCAGUGCUGCCUACAGACUUAUGCAAGAAGAUGAGAUGAACAUACUGGUCAACCUGUCAAAAGAUGACUGGCGAGAACUGCGGACACUGGUGAUUGAGAUGGUGAUGAGUACAGACAUGUCCUGCCAUUUCCAGCAGAUCAAAACCAUGAGGAACGCCCUGCAGCAGCCCGAGGGAGUAGACAAGGCUAAAGCCCUAUCUCUGAUGCUGCAUGCAGCUGACAUCAGCCACCCAGCCAAGGCCUGGAAGCUGCACUACCGAUGGACACAGGCCCUGAUGGAGGAGUUCUUCAGACAGGGUGAUAAGGAGGUUGAGUUAGGGCUGCCAUUCUCCCCUCUGUGUGAUCGUAAAGCUACCAUGAUUGCCCAGUCACAAAUAGGGUUCAUUGACUUCAUAGUAGAACCCACAUUCUCUGUGUUGGUGGACACGACAGAGAAGAUCAUUACACCUCUCAUAGAGGAUACCUUAAAGUCACACGACACUGGUGUCCGCAGGUCAAGUUUGACAGGUAGUGGGUCAGUGACGGUGGUGGAGUCAGUCCAGAGACACAGUGGUCGAGGGUCCAGCCAGGGGGUCGACAAGGGGCUCACUACAGACUAUAGCCUGGCUGGCAUUGACUUGAAACGGGUCAGACACACACUGGCAGAGGUCAUCCAACACAACAAAGACAGAUGGAAGGAGCUCUCUGUACAAGAGUUGGCGAGGAAAGAGCAAGCUGAGUUGACUUCUGACCCAGAGGAGGAGUCCCUGAUGAACACAGAGGUUACGUUGACUCACACCAGCCCUGAGAGACACAGCCAGGAGCUUCAAUCAGAGCCCUUCAUUGAACUGAUGAACAACACAAACACAAACUCCAAUAACUCUUCCCAGGAGGACUCAGAGCUGGACCACAGUCCUCACAGGCCUCUGUCACCGUCUGAGGAUAAAGAGACAACAUCACAUGGUUCCAUCUCUCCUGAACACCUACCAUGGAACGGAGAAGGCCCUGAGCCAGUCCUUGAGCAUGGGGAGGAGUCUCUUCAGAGCCCUUGAUUUUGAUAGGCUACCCAACAACACUGCCACUUCCUGAUUCAACAGGCAUUAUAUUUGUUUGUUUUUUUAUUGUAAAUUUGUUCUGAUUCAUUUUAUUGUUAUUUAUUAAAGAUAGGGGUCUUCAUGCUC